GUACGAUGUGGUCCUGGUGGAGGUGUUCGGGGCCGACUGCGCUUACGGUUACGCCUACAAAGUUGGCGCCCUGUCAUCGGGAUAACGACGCUGGUGGGGCUGCCGUGGGUCCAAGAGCGCGUGGGCAAUCCAGAGAACCCGGCAUACGUGCCCGGUGCCCAGCUGCCCUUCACGUCCCAGAUGUCGCUCUGGCAGCGCACCCUCACACCUGGGCAGCUGUACGCCGUGUGGGGGAGAAGCUGCGCGGGCGCCGACUCAACGACCAGUUGCUGCGCGAGCACCUGGGCGCAGAUAUGCCUCCCCUCAGCGAACUCAUCGAGCGCAACACCAGCCUCGUCAUGGUCAACAGCCACUUCAGCCUCAACGGCGCGCGACCGCUGUGCCGCGGCUAACGUGGAGGUCGGGGGCAUGAAUGUGGAUCCUAAUCCAGAACCGCUGCCCGAGCCCUUCGGUCGCUCUGACGGCGCGGCGCGCGGCGGCGCGCGUGCUGGUGAGCUUCGGGUCGCUGGUGCCCGGGAGAAGUUGCCCGCCAAGCAGCUGCAGGCCUUCUUGAAGGUGCUGGGGCGCUGCCGCAGCGCGUCGUCUUGAGGGUCAACGCCUCCCGCGUGCCCGGCGGCCUCCCGCGCAACGUCAUCGGCUCCACGUGGAUCCCGCAGCAGGCGCUGCUCAGCCACCCGAACAUGCGCGCGUUCGUGACGCACGGCGGCCUGGGCGGCACGCACGAGGCCGUGCACUGGGGCGUGCCCACCGUCACCAUCCCGUUCUUCAGCGACCAGCACCAGAACGGCUUCCUGAUGCAGCAGCACGGGGCCGGGCGCGUGCUCCCGUUUGACCACAUCACCGAGGACUCCUUCCGCCAGGCGCUGCACGCCGUCCUCAACGACCCCAGCUAUCGGGAGAACGCGAGGCGGCUGAGCGAGCAGUUCCGCGACCGGCCGCAGGCGCCGCUGGACACGGCGGUGUGGUGGACGGAGUACGUGAUGCGGCACCGCGGGGCGCCACACCUGCGCUCCGCCGCCGUGGGUCUGUCGUGGGUGCAGCUGUGGCUGCUGGACGUGGGGGUGGUGCUGGCGGCCAUCUUGGCGAUGUUCGCUGCUAUCCUUUGGGCAGCAGUGCGCACCUUCACCAACUGCCUCUUCUCAAAAGCAAAGGAUAGAGCCAGCAAGACGAAGAAGGCCAAAUGGAAGUGACAAUUUCAUACAUGUAAUUUUUACCAUAUUACUGAAUACUCUAGGUGUAGUUAUUUGAAAGCCAUCAGUGCAAACUGCAUUACCAGCGUUAAUUAUGAUCAUCUACAGCAUUCUUUAUUCAACUCAUUACUCGAACCUCAUUAUAGCAAAGCUCAACGCGUCGUGCAUGACUGAAUUACAUAAACAUGUUUUUGAAAAUUAAAUUUAAAUUAUUUUAAAUUUACCAAUAAC